UACAAUCCCCAAACCCCCUUGUUUAAAGCCGACCGUAAACAGAAAGCGGAAACAAUAGAGAACCGCAAACACACACCCUUGUCUUGGCGAUCUACUCGGGGAAAUAAAAUACCUUUACCUUUUAAGCAAUACUAUUAAAGUAGACAUCUAAGAAAAUACCAAGUCGACGAGUACUUAGGGGCAUUUGACUAAGUUGGUCACCAUGGCGCUGAAAAGAAUACAGAAGGAGCUUCAUGACCUGCAGAGGGACCCGCCAGCACAGUGCUCUGCUGGACCCGUGGGAGAGGACUUGUUCCAUUGGCAAGCAACAAUAAUGGGGCCAGGUGAUAGUCCAUACCAAAGUGGGGUCUUCUUUCUCACAAUCCACUUCCCCACCGACUAUCCCUUCAAGCCACCAAAGGUAGCGUUCACAACGAAGAUUUAUCAUCCGAACAUCAACAGUAACGGCAGCAUUUGCUUGGACAUCUUGCGAUCCCAGUGGUCUCCAGCAUUGACUGUAUCAAAAGUUCUUUUGUCCAUAUGUUCGUUGCUUUGUGACCCGAACCCAGACGACCCCCUAGUUCCAGACAUAGCACAGAUCUACAAACUAGACAAAGAGAAAUACAACAGACUAGCAAGAGAUUGGACCCAGAAGUAUGCAAUGUAAAGGCCCUCCUGAAGAUUUUUUUUUAAAGUCACAAAACACUGUACAUUCUGGUAAUAGAAAGUAAACUUAGGUGAUAUGGAACACAUUGUACUGUCAACAUUUAUCAUGUGAACCCAUGAACUAUAGAUGAUUUUGUGUUUACAGGGGGUAUACACUGCACAUAUGUACAUUAAGGGUGACAUAGGGUGACAGAUAUGGGGAACAACAACUGUACAUUGUUGUUAUCCCUACUUCCUGGUUUUGGGAACAUUUGUUUCUCGUCUCAUGAAUGGAAGAGGAAGUCAUUAGAAUACUGUAGCCCACGGUUACAUUCAGAAUACUGUUGCCUGCUGUUCCAGUCAUCAGAAUACUGUAGCCUGCUGUUCCAGUCAUCAGAAUACUGUAGCCUGCUGUUCCAGUCAUCAGAAUACUGUGUCCUACUGCUACAGUACAACAUACUCAUGGCUCUGUUGACUGUCACCCAUAAAGAGGGAAAUUGAGGAAUCAAACCAAUUUUACUGUUUUUUUAUUUUUAUUUUAUUGUAUCAAACUAUUCUGGAACUACUUUAGUUGUUUUAGCAUUAAGUCAGAACUUGUAACAUUAAAACAUUGAAAUACAUACUCUGCAAAUAACAGUGAUUUAGGGUCUUCAAUUAUGGCUUAUGCUGUUUAGCACUUUUGUAUAAUUAAUAAAGAAUUGUACACUUUUUA